GCAAAAGGGGAGGUGAAGCCGUUAGGCGCGCUAACAUGGCUGCUUUGCCGGAGGAGCCGACGGAGGCAGUACCGGUAAAGCCGGAUCCUGAUGCAGGAGCGCCGCCCGCUCCGCCCGCUCCUCUCUCCCAGUCCCCGAUCUCGACGGCAGCAACAGUUGCAACAAGUGCCCCUCCUCCGUCUGCCUCCUCGGUCGCUGCCACCCUUCUCGCGGAUGGGGAGCCGCUUGCGGGAGGAGUUGACUCGAAGAGCUCGGUGACUUCCAGCCCUACGCCGGCAGCCUCUCAACUACCCACCGACCGGCAGACUCUGCAGGCAGUGCUACAGUUCUUGCGGCGCAGCAAUCUGCGCGAAUCGGAGGAGAUCCUCCGAAGGGAAGCCCGUGGCCUCAUCGACGACCUCUCGAGCGACCCGAAUUCCUUAGCGCCCGGCGUCCCUGGAGCUCAUGGAGGGGAAGGACAGGAUCUCAGUGUCGGGAUCAUAGCUCCUGGAGCUGGGGACGUGCUAAUCAAUUCUAUCACAUUUGGCCAGACUGGAGCUACGAUCUCUCCAGCCGCUCUCUCGACACCUCCUGCAGCGCCCUUGGGGCCUCCUGCCAAAGCCGGAGUUCUUGUAGAAGAUCAGCCAGAUGUGAGUGCAGUGCUAUCUGCUUAUAAUCAACAGGGAGACCCAGCACUUUAUGAAGAAUACUACAGUGGAUUGAAACACUUCAUUGAACGUGCUUUGGAUUGUCAUCGAGCUGAAUUAUCACAACUUUUUUAUCCUCUGUUUGUACACAUGUACUUGGAACUAGUCUACAAUGGACAUGAAAAUGAAGCAAAAUCGUUCUUUGAAAAGUUUCACGGGGAUCAAGAAUGUUAUUACCAAGAUGACUUGCGUGUAUUAUCAAGUUUAACCAAAAAAGAGCAUAUGAGGGGCAAUGAGACUAUGCUGGAUUUCCGAACAAGCAAGUUUGUGUUGCGUAUUUCCCGUGACUCUUACCAGCUUCUGAAGAGACAUCUUCAGGAGAAACAGAACAAUCAGAUAUGGAACAUUGUUCAAGAACAUCUUUAUAUUGAUAUUUUUGAUGGAAUGCCUCGUAGUAAACAACAGAUUGAUGCUAUGGUGGGAAGUUUAGCUGGAGAAGCAAAACGAGAAGCAAAUAAAGCAAAGGUAUUUUUUGGCUUAUUAAAAGAACCAGAAAUUGAGUUGCCUUUGGAUGAUGAAGAUGAAGAGGGAGAGAAUGAAGAGGGCAAGCCAAAGAAAAAAAAGCCAAAAAAAGAUAAUAUGGGAUCAAAAAGUAAAAAGCAGGAUCCAAAUGCUCCUCCUCAGAAUAGAAUUCCUCUUCCUGAGCUAAAGGAUUCUGAUAAGCUAGAUAAAAUAAUGAAUAUGAAGGAAGCUACUAAACGUGUUCGGCUUGGUCCAGAUUGUUUGCCAUCUAUUUGCUUCUACACAUUUCUUAAUGCAUACCAGGGUCUUACAGCUGUGGAUGUUACAGAUGACUCUAGCAUGAUCGUUGGAGGCUUUGCUGAUUCCACCGUCAGGGUAUGGUCUGUGACACCCAAAAAGCUUCGCAGUGUAAAAUUAGCCACAGAUCUCAGUGUCAUAGAUAAAGAAUCUGAUGAUGUUUUAGAAAGAAUCAUGGAUGAAAAAACAGCAAGUGAAUUGAAGAUUUUAUAUGGCCAUAGUGGACCUGUCUAUGGUGCUAGCUUUAGUCCUGAUAGGAACUAUUUGCUGUCAUCUUCAGAGGAUGGCACUAUCAGAUUGUGGAGUCUUCUAACUUUUUCUUGUUUGGUGGGAUACAAAGGACAUAAUUAUCCUGUAUGGGACACACAGUUCUCUCCGUAUGGAUAUUACUUUGUAUCUUGUGGCCAUGACAGAGUGUCUCGUUUAUGGGCUACAGAUCACUAUCAGCCUUUGCGGAUCUUUGCUGGUCAUUUGGCAGAUGUCAUAUGUACACGUUUUCACCCAAACUCCAACUACAUUGCCACAGGCUCAGCAGACAGAACUGUGAGGCUUUGGGAUGUACUUAAUGGAAACUGUGUAAGAAUCUUCACAGGACAUAAGGGACCAGUUCAUUCAUUAGCAUUUUCUCCUAAUGGACGAUUCUUGGCAAGUGGAGCAACUGAUGGAAGAGUGCUUCUGUGGGAUAUUGGCCACGGUUUAAUGGUAGGAGAGCUAAAAGGACACUCAGACACAAUUUAUGCACUCAAAUUCAGUAGAGAUGGAGAGAUCUUAGCUUCAGGUUCAAUGGACAACACGGUUAAACUUUGGGAUGCUGUGAAAGCUUUUGAGGACUUGGAGACAGAUGAUUUUACAACAGCCACUGGACACAUAAACCUUCCUGAAAGUUCACAGGAUAUGCUGCUGGGCACAUAUAUGACCAAAUCAACUCCAGUUAUACACCUCCACUUUACUCGAAGAAAUUUACUUCUUGCUGCUGGGGCUUAUAGUCCUCAAUAAAACACAAAAGUAGAUGGCUUGAUUAUGCAAGUCUUGUAAAGAUUUUAGAUCUUCACAUUCCGGAAUAUUACCAUUAAUAUAUUGUAUAAAUGAACUGAAAUUCUACUAAGUAAAAGGGUACCAAGUAAAGCAGGACAGAAAGAAAAUAGUGGCAUUUCUGCUUUUUUUCUACCCCCCUCCCAAACAGGAACAUAGUCUUUUCUACUCAUAAGGAAGGAAUUAGCUGUGCCAACUGCCAAGAUACUGUGAAUAGACAGUUAGUUUGGGUACCAGUUAAUCCUUUUUUCCCUUUCUCAAUAGUCCUUGGGACACCUUUACCAACAUUAGCAUAGGUUUAACUGUGUAAAUAUUUUUCUGUAAAACUUGUUCAAAAAAGUUGGGGGAGUAGAAUGUAUAGAACAGCGUACUGUAUUUAUGUAGCAAGGAAACCAGAAUUAUUAUUUAAAUUCAGUCUCCAGAGCUUUAAAAAUCACAUAUAACUAUGUAUGUAUUAGGAAUUACUAAAAUAGCUAGCAUUUCAGAAGAUUUACUUCAUAAAUGUUACUUAAGACUUUAAGAGACACUGGCUUCUCUAAGAAUUCUAAAUAUUGUUCUACUGAAGUAAAAACUAUUGUCCCAGAAAUAUGAUUAUUCAAGUAUGAAUAAAAAACCCUGGCCUUAACCUUUUCCAUAAUAAUAAAUCUUGAUCUACCCCUUCAUUGAAAUAAAUCAGGUAUAUAUUGUUGAAAUCAAGCAGCAUAGACCCAGUAUGCAUUUUUUAAAAAUAAUUAUGAUUUUGUAUUUUAUACAGUUUUAUAUCUUUAUAAUAAAAAUUCUGUAAAAAUACUUCCAUUUGAGUGAGUUAUCUUUACAUGUUCUUUAAGAAGCAACCUUAUACUACUGUAGCAUACUUUAAUGCAAUGAUCAGACUUCAGGUAGUCCUCAAUGAUAAUUGGGGCCAGAAUUUCUAUUGCUAAGCAAUGCAAUCAUAAAGUGUGAUGUCACAUGGCUGCAUCGUUUAACGAGAGCAAUCCUGGCAGUUCCUAUUGCCAUUAAAUGGAAAUCACAUUAAGCGAGACCAUUCUAUGAGUGCGGCUUGCAACUUCUUGCCAGCUUCCCACAAGCAAAAUCAAUGGGAAAGUUGGCUGGCAGCUACUAGUCCUGGGCAGCUUGCAAACAAGCUGGAAAAGUACUAAGGCAUGAGAGAGGGAGGUGCUGUGAUUUGCACAGGAUGCUGAAGUGGUGCAACUGGUUGCGGGCUGGGGAUGUGCUGUGAUGCAAGUGUGCAUUACAGUGUAUGGAAACCCUAGUAUCUUGUGUUCUGGAGCGGAUGGCUUGGGAGAAAAAGUGGUGAGAGCAACUUGCAACCUUCCCUGCUGGCUUCCUCAUUGACUCUGCUUAUGGGAAGCUGGCAAGGAACUUUGCCAAUGAUCACAUGACCAUAAGAUGUUGCAACCGUGUGAGCUCGUCAAAUAUCUGGAUUGUGAUCAUGUGACUACAGGGGUGGUACAGUGGCCAGAACUUUGAGAAUAAGCGGUAAGUACUUUUCAGCACUACCACAACUUUGGUCACUGAAGAGUGGUCCUUAACUGAGGGCUAUUUGUACAUACUUACAAUUUCAAAAAAAUUAUGAUACAGCGAAUAGUGAAAUAAUUCUCAGAUAAUGUAAUUUGUGGUAAAAAAUUGCUAACAUUUCUGGGAUUGUAUGAUGCUGGCACUUAGCACUGGACUGAAACAAAAAUUGUGUUUCACAUCUGCAAGAAGAACCGCCAAGCUAAGAGAGUACCAAGCAAUUCAAACCUGAGCUACAAAUAUUCUCUUUGUUUUAGGGAAGCUUUAUGCUCUUAAAAAAUGUUUGCUGUGUCUAGUUAACUAGGAUAGGGUAAAAAUAUAAUACCAGUAGUAGUACUUACCUAGUCUGAACCUGCUUAGCUUUUUAGGAUAGCCAAGAUUGGUUAAUUGUGCUGCCUAUUAUAGGCAUUUACAGACUUGAUUAUUUCUAUUUAGGACAGACUUGGGUAUCACUUUUUAAAUGCUAAUCUGUGUGGUAUUCUAUUAAAAGUUAACACUUAAAAUUACAUAGCAUGGUUAAUUGGAGUACAAAUCCAGUAAUACAAAUCCCAUUUUUAUUAGUAUAGAAACGAAAUACAGAAUUUAAUUUUAACAUUUGCUUAGCUUUUGAUAUCUCCCUUCACUUCUAGAAAAGUCAUCCAGGGUAUGGUGGAUGGAGAACGCUUAAGGGCAUAUGUUUGUAUGUGUACAGAUGCACACAAAACUUUGUAGGCCAAAAAUCACUAUUUUAACAUUUUAAACCCUAAAAGGCCUAUGAUCUACAUCUAACAAAUUGUUUUUCUCAUCAUAUACUUGUCCAUACACUAAGAUCUUCAGAAUAAAACCUUAAGAUAAAUCUUUUUAAAUAGGCAUUCAUGAACUGUUCUAAAGAAUUCUGUUCUAUUUUUUUUAAGAUUGUGCUAUUUUAGCUUACUUUCCAUAUAUUUUAUAGAAAGGCAGAAUAGUGAAAAUACUUUUCAGUGAAAUAAAUCAGUGCGCAAAACUGUUAAGGCAGAGAUGUGAUGUUGCUUUCAUGAUAAUAACAGUCAUCUUUUUUAUUCUGUGGAGCAGAUGGUUUACUGCAAUGCUUAAAAUUACUCUCAUUUAUGGGCAAUACAGAUUGAGAGGGCUUCUUUAAUUAAUAAUUAACACCAGAAAUUUGGACAGUUUUUACACAUUGAUUGAUACUAAAGGCAAAUACAGCCAUUUUUCAUAAUUUACUGAACUGCGCAUCUGCUUCUGCAACUCAUAGACAGCAAUACAACAAGGAAGUCCAACAAUAAGAAUCUGUCCAAGAAAAAA